AUGAGAGAAACGUAUUUGAAACUUAAUCGAGAAGACAUUGAUGAAAGAUUUCCUUUGGGUAAAAUUACAUUUGUUAACCGUUUUGGAGAUCAACGUUUCCAAAAUCACGUGUUGGGAACAUGUCCUCCAUGCCCCACAGCCUACACCACAACGUAUGUGACUGUGACAGUGUCUCAAAGUACUUUAAAUACAGCAACAACCUCACAAACUACAACAUCCAUCACACCAGUGAUAACAACAUCAGAAAUCGAAAUCUUAAAAACAAACACAGCAACAAGUACAAGUAUAAACCCAACAACACCGAGUAGCACUAUAAGCAUUAGUACAGUUACAAUGGUAAAAACUGGUACAACAAGAUCAAGCACAGCUGCAAAUAGAACAGACAUAGGUACAGUUACAACUGAAACAGCAACAUCUGGCACUACAGCAUUAAGUACUGGUGUAACUGACAACGUAACAACUGACACAACCAUAACAAGUACAAUAACAACUGCCGCAGGAACUACUGGCACAACAGCAUUGAGUACAUUUUUUACACCAACAACUGACACAACCAUAUCAAGUACAACUGCAACAGCAAAACCAAUUUACACAAUAACUACCUCAGCAACACCUGAUAGAACUUCAUCAAGCUCAGCUGAAACUAACAGAGGAACAAGUGACUCAAAAGCAACAAGUACAGUUACAACUACAACAGCAACAACUAGCAAAACAGCAUUAAGUACAGGUGUAACAGCAAUAACUGACACAACCAUAUCAAAGACAGUUACAACUGCGAGCACAACAACUUACACAACACUAUCAAGUACAGCGGUAACCACCACUGCAUCAAGUACACUAGCCACUGUCAUGGCAAUAACUGAGACGACAGUACCAAGUACAGCUGUGUCUUUCAUAUCAACCACUGACACAACAGAAUCGAGCACGGCUGUAACUUCUACAUCCACAACUGGUAUCACAGAAUCAAGCUCAGCUGCAACUUCCACAACAGAAACAACAGACACUCCAGCAUCGACUACAACUAAAACUUCCACAACAGAAAGAAAAGACACUCCAGCAUCGGCUACAGUUGAAACUUCCACAACAGAAACAACCGACACUCCAGCAUCGGCUACAGCUGAAACUUCCACAUCAGAAACUAUCGACACUCCAGCAUCGGCUACAGCUGAAACUUCCACAACAGAAACAACCGACACUCCGGCAUCAGCUACAGCUGAAACUUCCUCAACAGAAACAACCGACACUCCGGCAUCGGCUACAGCUGAAACUUACACAACAGAAACAACCAACACUCCGGCAUCGGCUACAGCUGAAACUUCCACAACAGAAACAACCGACACUCCGGCAUCAGCUACAGCUGAAUAUUCCACAACAGAAACAACCGACACUCCAGCAUCGGCUACAGCUGAAUAUUCCACAACAGAAACAACCAACACUCCGGCAUCGGCUACAGCUGAAACUUCCACAACAGAAACAACCGACUCUCCGGCAUCGGCUACAGCUGAAACUUCCACAACAGAAACAACCGACACUCCAGCAUCAGCUACAGCUGAAACUUCCACAACAGAAACAACCGACACUCCGGCAUCGGCUACAGCUGAAACUUCCACAAUAGAAACAACCGACACUCCGGCAUCAGCUACAGCUGAAACUUCCACAACAGAAACAACCGACACUCCAGCAUCGGCUACAGCUGAAUAUUCCACAACAGAAACAACCAACACUCCGGCAUCGGCUACAGCUGAAACUUCCACAACAGAAACAACCGACUCUCCGGCAUCGGCUACAGCUGAAACUUCCACAACAGAAACAACCAACACUCCAGCAUCAGCUACAGCUGAAACUUCCACAACAGAAACAACCGACACUCCGGCAUCGGCUACAGCUGAAACUUCCACAACAGAAACAACCGACACUCCGGCAUCAGCUACAGCUGAAACUUCCACAACAGAAACAACCGACACUCCAGCAUCGGCUACAGCUGAAACUUCCACAACAGAAACAACCGACACUCCGGCAUCGGCUACAGCUGAAACUUCCACAACAGAAACAACCGACACUCCGGCAUCGGCUACAGCUGAAACUUCCACAACAGAAACAACCGACACUCCGGCAUCGGCUACAGCUGAAACUUCCACAACAGAAACAACCGACACUCCGGCAUCGGCUACAGCUGAAACUUCCACAUCAGAAACAACCGAUACUCCAGCAUCGGCUACAGCUGAAACUUCCACAGCAGAAACAACCAACACUCCAGCAUCGGCUACAGCUGAAACUUCCACAACAGAAACAACCGACACUCCGGCAUCAGCUACAGCUGAAACUUCCACAACAGAAACAACCGAUACUCCAGCAUCGGCUACAGCUGAAUAUUCCACAACAGAAACAACCAACACUCCGGCAUCGGCUACAGCUGAAACUUCCACAACAGAAACAACCGACUCUCCGGCAUCGGCUACAGCUGAAACUUCCACAACAGAAACAACCAACACUCCAGCAUCAGCUACAGCUGAAACUUCCACAACAGAAACAACCGACACUCCGGCAUCGGCUACAGCUGAAACUUCCACAACAGAAACAACCGACACUCCGGCAUCGGCUACAGCUGAAACUUCCACAACAGAAACAACCGACACUCCGGCAUCGGCUACAGCUGAAACUUCCACAACAGAAACAACCAACACUCCGGCAUCGGCUACAGCUGAAACUUCCACAACAGAAACAACCGACACUCCGGCAUCGGCUACAGCUGAAACUUCCACAUCAGAAACAACCGAUACUCCAGCAUCGGCUACAGCUGAAACUUCCACAACAGAAACAACCUACACUCCGGCAUCGGCUACAGCUGAAACUUCCACAACAGAAACAACCGACACUCCGGCAUCGGCUACAGCUGAAACUUCCACAUCAGAAACAACCGAUACUCCGGCAUCAGCUACAGCUGAAACUUCCUCAACAGUAACAACCAACACUCCGGCAUCGGCUACAGCUGAAACUUCCACAACAGAAACAACCGACACUCCGGCAUCGGUUACAGCUGAAACUUCCACAACAGAAACAAUCGACACUCCGGCAUCGGCUACAGCUGAAACUUCCACAACAGAAACAACCGAUACUCCAGCAUCAGCUACAGCUGAAACUUCCUCAACAGUAACAACCAACACUCCGGCAUCGGCUACAGCUGAAACUUCCACAACAGAAACAACCGACACUCCGGCAUCGGUUACAGCUGAAACUUCCACAACAGAAACAAUCGACACUCCGGCAUCGGCUACAGCUGAAACUUCCACAACAGAAACAACCGACACUCCAGCAUCGGCUACAGCUGAAACUUCCACAUCAGAAACAAUCGACACUCCGGCAUCGGCUACAGCUGAAACUUCCACAACAGAAACAACCGACACUCCGGCAUCGGUUACAGCUGAAACUUCCACAGCAAAAACAACCGACACUCCGGCAUCGGCUACAGCUGAAACUUCCACAACAGAAACAACCGAUACUCCAGCAUCGGCUACAGCUGAAACUUCCACAACAGAAACAACCAACACUCCGGCAUCGGCUACAGCUGAAACUUCCACAACAGAAACAACCGACACUCCGGCAUCGGCUACAGCUGAAACUUCCACAACAGAAACAACCGACACUCCGGCAUCGGCUACAGCUGAAACUUCCACAACAGAAACAACCGACACUCCGGCAUCGGCUACAACUGAAACUUCCACAACAGAAACAACCAACACUAAAGCAUCGGCUACAGCUGAAACUUCCACAACAGAAACAACCGACACUCCGGCAUCAGCUACAGCUGAAACUUCCACAACAGAAACAACCGACACUCCGGCAUCGGCUACAGCUGAAACUUCCACAUCAGAAACAAUCGACACUCCAGCAUCAACUACAGCUGAAACUUCCACAACAGAAACAACCAACACUCCGGCAUCGGCUACAGCUGAAACUUCCACAACAGAAACAACCGACACUCGGGCAUCGGCUACAGCUGAAACUUCCACAACAGAAACAACCGACACUCCGGCAUCGGCUACAGCUGAAACUUCCACAGCAGAAACAACCGACACUCCGGCAUCGGCUACAGCUGAAACUUCCACAACAGAAACAACCAACACUCCGGCAUCGGCUACAGCUGAAACUUCCUCAACAGAAACAACCAACACUCCGGCAUCGGCUACAGAUGAAACUUCCACAACAGAAACAACCAACACUCCGGCAUCGGCUACAGCUGAAACUUCCACAACAGAAACAACCGACACUCCAGCAUCAGCUACAGCUGAAACUUCCACAACAGAAACAACUGACACUCCGGCAUCGGCUACAGCUGAAACUUCCACAACAGAAACAACCGACACUCCGGCAUCGGCUACAGCUGAAACUUCCACAUCAGAAACAAUCGACACUCCAGCAUCAGCUACAGCUGAAACUUCCACAACAGAAACAACCGACACUCCAGCAUCGACUACAGCUGAAACUUCCACAACAGAAACAACCGACACUCCGGCAUCAGCUACAGCUGAAACUUCCACAACAGAAACAACCGACACUCUGGCAUCGGCUACAGCUGAAACUUCCUCAACAGAAACAACCAACACUCCAGCAUCAGCUACAGCUGAAACUUCCACAACAGAAACAACCGGCACUCCGGCAUCGGCUACAGCUGAAACUUCCACAACAGAAACAACCGACACUCCGGCAUCGGCUACAGCUGAAACUUCCACAUCAGAAACAACCGACACUCCGGCAUCGGCUACAGCUGAAACUUCCACAACAGAAACAACCGACACUCCGGCAUCGGCUACAGCUGAACCUUCCACAACAGGAACAACCAACACGACAGCAUCAGCUACAGCUGAACCUUCCACAACAGGAACAACCAACACUCCAGCAUCGGCUACAGCUGAAACUUCCUCAACAGAAACAACCAACACUCCAGCAUCAGCUACAGCUGAACCUUCCACAACAGAAACAACCAACACUCCAGCAUCAGCUACAGCUGAAACUUCCACAACAGAAACAACCGACACUCCGGCAUCGGCUACAGCUGAGACUUCCACAUCAGAAACAAUUGACACUCCAGCAUCGGCUACAGCUGAAACUUCCUCAACAAAAACAACCAACACUCCAGCAUCAGCUACAGCUGAAACUUCCACAACAGAAACAACCGACACUCCGGCAUCGGCUACAGCUGAAACUUCCACAUCAGAAACAAUCAACACUCCAGCAUCGGCUACAGCUGAAACUUCCUCAACAGAAACAACCAACACUCCAGCAUCAGCUACAGCUGAAACUUCCACAACAGAAACAACCGACACUCCGGCAUCAGCUACAGCUAUAACUUCCACAACAGAAACAACCGACACUCCGGCAUCGGCUACAGCUGAAACUUCCACAUCAGAAACAACCGAUACUCCGGCAUCAGCUACAGCUGAAACUUCCACAUCAGAAACAACCGACACUCCAGCAUCGGCUACAGCUGAAACUUACAAAACAGAAAUAAACGACACUCCAGCAUCAGCUACAGCUGAAACUUCCUCAACAGAAACAACCAACACUCCGGCAUCGGCUACAGCUGAAACUUCCACAUCAGAAACAACCGAUACUCCGGCAUCGGCUACAGCUGAAACUUACAUAACAGAAACAAACGACACUCCAGCAUCAGCUACAGCUGAAACUUCCACAUCAGAAACAACCGACACUCCAGCAUCGGCUACAGCUGAAACUUCCACAACAGAAACAACCAACACUCCGGCAUCGGCUACAGCUGAAACUUCCACAACAGAAACAACCGACACUCCAGCAUCAGCUACAGCUGAAACUUCCACAACAGAAACAACCGACACUCCAGCAUCAGCUACAGCUGAAACUUCCACAACAGAAACAACCGACACUCCGGCAUCGGCUACAGCUGAAACUUCCACAUCAGAAACAACCGACACUCCAGCAUCAGCUACAGCUGAAACUUCCACAACAGAAACAAUCGAUACUCCAGCAUCGGCUACAGCUGAAACUUCCACAACAGAAACAACCGACACUCCAGCAUCAGCUACAGCUGAAACUUCCUCAUCAGAAACAAUCGACACUCCGGCAUCGGCUACAGCUGAAUCUUCCACAACAGAAACAACCGAUACUCCAGCAUCAGCUACAGCUGAAACUUCCACAUCAGAAACAUCCGAUACUCCGGCAUCGGCUACAGCUGAAACUUACAAAACAGAAACAAACGACACUCCGGCAUCGGCUACAGCUGAAACUUCCACAACAGAAACAACCGACACUCCGGCAUCGGCUACAGCUGAAACUUCCACAACAGAAACAACCAACACUCCAGCAUCAGCUCCAGCUGAAACUUCCACAUCAGAAACAACCGACACUCCAGCAUCGGCUACAGCUGAAACUUACAAAACAGAAAUAAACGACACUCCAGCAUCAGCUACAGCUGAAACUUCCUCAACAGAAACAACCAACACUCCGGCAUCGGCUACAGCUGAAACUUCCACAUCAGAAACAACCGAUACUCCGGCAUCAGCUACAGCUGAAACUUCCACAUCAGAAACAACCGAUACUCCGGCAUCGGCUACAGCUGAAACUUACAAAACAGAAACAAACGACACUCCAGCAUCAGCUACAGCUGAAACUUCCACAUCAGAAACAACCGACACUCCAGCAUCGGCUAUAGCUGAAACUUCCACAACAGAAACAACCGACACUCCGGCAUCGGCUACAGCUGAAACUUCCACAACAGAAACAACCAACACUCCGGCAUCGGCUACAGCUGAAACUUCCACAACAGAAACAACCGACACUCCAGCAUCAGCUACAGCUGAAACUUCCACAACAGAAACAACCGACACUCCGGCAUCGGCUACAGCUGAAACUUCCACAUCAGAAACAACCGACACUCCAGCAUCAGCUACAGCUGAAACUUCCACAACAGAAACAAUCGAUACUCCAGCAUCGGCUACAGCUGAAACUUCCACAACAGAAACAACCGACACUCCAGCAUCAGCUACAGCUGAAACUUCCACAUCAGAAACAAUCGACACUCCGGCAUCGGCUACAGCUGAAUCUUCCACAACAGAAACAACCGAUACUCCAGCAUCAGCUACAGCUGAAACUUCCACAUCAGAAACAACCGAUACUCCGGCAUCGGCUACAGCUGAAACUUCCACAACAGAAACAACCAACACUCCAGCAUCAGCUCCAGCUGAAACUUCCACAACAGAAACAACCGAUACUCCGGCAUCGGCUACAGCUGAAACUUCCACAACAGAAACAACCAACACUCCGGCAUCGGCUACAGCUGAAACUUCCACAACAGAAACAACCAACACUCCGGCAUCGGCUACAGCUGAAACUUGCACAAAAGAAACAAACGACACUCCAGCAUCUAAUACAACUGGGAAUUGCAGGCAACUAGAAAAACGAUCUGUAUAUAAAGUAGCAGCGAUAAAUAAUAUUUUAAACAUUGCCUAUAAAGGAGGAGCAAUUGGUACAAUCACUAGUUCUCAGGAAACAUGGACCACAUCAACCACAUCAAUCAGUACAGUUUCUGUAACUCCAACAGAGGGCAGCGGAACAUUGACCACUCAUCUCUGGGGUACUACUUGCCCGCCAUGUGGUUAUGAUGACUUUAUAUCACCCAGUACAAAUAGCACACUUUCCUCCAGCUUUACAACAACCAAAGAUACUCGACCCUCAACCCCAUCAGAUGAAGAUGUUCCAGAUUGUAAGAAUGGAUACUUUGAUGGUAUGCACUGUGCCUGUGCUGAAGGUUACAUUGGUCUUCAGUGCACGAAUACAAUAAAAGAUUGUGAGAACGGAGGAUAUAAACAGGAUGAAAAAUGUGUCUGCGCCAAAGGAUUUAACGGAGCAAACUGUCAAUACGCUGACAGCACCAUUACUAUAGAUAAUGUGGAACUCAUUAUUAACAUAGUUGUUAAAAUUAUCAAUGCAAAUUAUACAGAAAAUCUAAAUGAUAAGUUCAGCGAAGAAUAUAAAUAUAUUAUCCAUAAAUUUAAAACUCAGAUUGUUUUCCCUUUUGUCAAGCUGAAGGGCUUUAAGGGUUUGGAGUGUCCCUUUAAUAUAGGGGAAUUGUUCAGAUGA